AUGGUUAAGUCCAAAGAAGUUCCCACUGUUAAAAUGAGGCCCAAGCCUGCUGGUGACAUCAUAGAGGAGGGUUCCAAGACAACAGACAGGGUCUUCCUGGAAGCCUGGGCCAUAGUUGGCACUGAUCUCAGCUUUAGGAGAGAAGAAGAUCCAGGAAAGGUCCUUUGGGUUCUAUGCUUAAGCUCUCUUUGUUCCAGGGGUUCCAGUACAAUCAUGGAUAAACCCUCGAAGACGGAUGAUGCGCAUCCUGAGGCACACCCUAGUAAAGUGGAUCCAAGCCAUUACUCAUCCCACUCCCAUGCACACCAUAGGCCAGGCCACAACGGAGCCCAUCAUCAUCGUGAUGCCCAUCACCAACCAUCUCACAAUCAUGGUGGAUCCCACUAUCAAAAUGAAUCCCAGCAUUUCCGUGAGUCCUCAGACCGUGAAGGUGCUUUCUCCCGUCAGUCCCAUCACCAUAACAGAUCUCACCUCUCCACAUCACCUGAUACCGUUCCUCACCACUUUGGUGGGUCCCAUGAUGAAUCUCACCCCCAUACUGAAUCCCACCACCAUAGUGAGUCCCACCAGCAUGGCAGACAGCACCAAGAUGGACAUCACUAUCAUGGAGGGCACCAUCGAGCUAGCGAAACUUUCUCCCACCUCUCCUCUCCUGAGUCACACAGCCAAAGGGAUGCUUCCCACCAUGGGAAACCUCAUCAUGGUCACCGUCCUGAGGAAUCCCAUCAUCAAGGCCACCGUUAUGGCAGGCCUCACCAUCCUGAAUUCCAAUACCACCGAAGACAGUCUUAUUACGGAGGGAACAUUUCCUUCCACUCCUCUGAGGGGUCCUUCCACCAGGAAAGAUCUCACCUCCAUGGUAGCCAUCAUACAGGCCACCAAGCUCACCAUGGCGAGCAUUCCCAUCACAGAGAGCACCAUCACCACAGAGAACACCAUCAUGGAGAGCAUCCUCAUCACAGAGGAGAGCAUGGAGAGCAUCCUCACCACAGAGGAGAGCAUGGAGAGCAUCCUCACCACAGAGGAGAGCAUGGAGAGCAUCCUCACCACAAAGGAGAGCAUCCCCAUCAUCGCCAUCAGAGCAUCUCCCAAUUCUCUGCCACAUUCAAGUCCCACAGCACACUUGGCAUCUCCCCUUCUCCUAUGGGAACCAAAAGCUCACUCUAUAGCGUGCCUCACUCCCACUUUGCAAGUCGAUCUUUUGCCUCUCAUGUUUCCAGCAAAGUUCAUCCCAAGGACGGCUCCAAAGAAUCAGACUCCUGGAGUGAGGAUGAACAAAUUCAGAAGCGCAAAAGGACCCAGCGCACCCACAAGAAGUUGCACUCUGGGAAUAUCUUCCAAUGGAUUUGGGAAAAAAUAAGCUACCUCCUUUGGGGUUUCCGGCAAAUGAUGAUGUCACUGACUCAGUCCCUGGGCUUUGAGACCUUCAUCUUCAUCGUGGUCUGCCUCAACACAAUUGUCCUUGUGGCCCAGACCUUCACUGAGCUAGAGAUCAGAGGAGAAUGGUACUUCAUGGUCCUGGACUCCAUCUUCCUCUCCAUCUACAUUCUAGAAGCCGUGCUCAAGCUGAUUGCCCUGGGCAUGGAGUACUUUUAUGACCCAUGGAACAAUCUGGACUUCUUCAUCAUGGUCAUGGCGGUGCUGGACUUUGUACUCCUCCAGAUCAAUUCCCUCUCCUAUUCAUUCUACAACCACAGCCUGUUCCGGAUUCUCAAAGUUUUCAAGAGCAUGAGGGCGCUGAGGGCCAUCCGGGUCCUUCGGAGGCUCAGCAUCCUCACCAGCCUCCACGAAGUGACGGGGACUCUGAGUGGAUCUUUGCCAUCUAUCACAGCCAUCCUCACCCUCAUGUUUACCUGCCUCUUCCUCUUCUCUGUGGUGCUCCGGGCACUCUUCCGGAAAUCGGACCCCAAGCGCUUCCAGAACAUCUUUACCACCCUCUUCACCUUAUUCACCAUGCUCACCUUGGAUGACUGGUCCCUCAUCUACAUGGACAGCAGGGCCCAGGGGGCCUGGUACAUCAUCCCCAUCCUCAUGAUCUACAUCAUCAUCCAGUACUUCAUCUUCCUCAACCUGGUGAUUGCUGUCCUGGUAGAUAACUUCCAGAUGGCGCUUCUCAAAGGCCUAGAGAAAGUGAAGCUGGAGAAAGCUGCCCGGGUCCAUGAGAGGCUGCUGGAGGACUCUCUGACAGAGCUCAGCCAAGCAGACGCUGAGGCCCAAAUGAGCGAGACUGCCUUGCAGAUGCAGUUUAUCGAGAGAAUGUUCAGCACCAUGACAGAGAAGCAGCGGGACCUCCACUUCCAGUUCCUGCAGUUGGUGGCCUCGGUGGAGCAGCAACAGCAGAAGUUUCGUUCCCAAGCAUCUGUCAUCGAUGAGAUUGUCGACACUGCAUUCGAGGCUGGAGAAGAGGAUUUUGGGAAAUGACCCUGAAGAGCACCACCAUAUUGACUUGAGUCUUUGGGAAGUGGCCUGCCAGGGUGGGUUGGGACAAGUCCCUAACUCUGCUGGCAUUGUUAUCCAGAACCAUGCUCGACUGAGGUCCCAACAGAAUUUUAAAACCCCCGUGUGGCUCUGUUGUUAGAGCCCACUAGAUUUCCUAGUGGCUGUACCCAGCAGGACUGCAUAAGAGGUUGAUUGGACCAUGGGCCUGGGCACCAGGUGACUGUAACUAGCAAGGGGGAAGUCUCUUGCUCCACCCCUUGGCAUUGUUAUAAACAGACUUUUGGAAUAAAGUUCUGGGCCAGUAGAUAAGGAUCCAGGCCCACCCAAGUCUAUCCUGUGUUUUCUCUCUUUACCCAUUCCUCAUUCCUCAAGAGUUCCUGGGGUAAGUGAGUGUGGGGGCUGGUCUCCCACACUCUGUCCUCACUGGCUAGCCUGACACAAAGGGCAAGGGGAGCUGGACAGUGUGCUGCAGGCAUAUGUCAAGAGUUGCAUGUGGAAGGGGCUCUUCUUGGAUCUCUUCUGGCCUCACCAGGUCCCAGCCUUCCAGUUCAGUCCAACAGUGCAUUAGAAUAGAUCAGAAGGGUGGCACAGGAAGAGGAGCCUGAUGCCAAGCAGUGAUGGCGCAUGCCUUUAGUGCCAGGAUAGCCAGGACUGGUACACAGGACUGGUACUCAAAAAACAGAAACAAAACAUAAAAGGAACCUGGGUACUGAUGGAAGACUAAAUGAGAAGUCCUCUGCUUAUGGGAGGAAAGCCUGUCUGGCCUGGGGUCAGGAGAAAAAGAGCAGACUGGAACAUCCCAGAAUUGUCAGGAUUGCAUCAGACACCAGACAUGGGGCCCAGCAAUCAGGCUUACCAGGAACCUCAUCAUCUAACAUAAGAGUACCAACCCAGUGGGAAUAUGAAGAGCUCAAAAGGUCGAUAGUGGCGCACACCUUUAAUCCCAGCACUUAGGAGACAGAGGCAGGCAGAUCUCUGAGUUCUAGGCCAGCCUGGUCUACAGAAUGAGCUCCGGGACAGCCAGGGCUACACAGAGAAACCCUGUCUUGAAAAACCAAAAACAAAUAAAUAAAUAAAAAUUAAAAAGAACUCAGAGGUUUAAAAAAGGGGGGGGAGCUGGUGUGAUGGCUGGGUGGUUAAGAUCACUUGCUGCUCUUCCAGAGGACCCAAGUUCAGCUCCCAGUAACAGACUACUUACAACCACCUGUAACUCAGCUCUAAAGGAUCUGACAGUUUCUUUUAGCCUCCAUGGGCACUGAACUCAUAUGCUCAACCCACACACAGACACACAUGCAUUCACAUAAAUAAUAUUCCCCAAACCCCUAGAGGUUAAAGGUCACUGACAUCCCCUUUCCCACCUGAAGUAAAACUACAAAACGUAGUGAAGGGGCAGAGGAGGCCUCUGAUCUUCCUGGCCUCAGAGCAGAUGGGGACAGGGCCAUGUGACAUGGACCAGCCACUGUUGGGAGAGGGACACAGAAAAUGGCUGUGUCUGCUCAGGCUGCUUUAGGGCUUAGAUGAGUCCCACAUGUACUGCCUGAGCCCCAGAAGGAUGUCCUGAGCCCCUGUGGGACUGCCGGUUGGGACAUUUGUCUGUGCUAAGCACUGAGUUAAGGUGAAGCUCAGUUCUGGCCCAGGGGCUCCCCAUCAAGGGUUAGCUGUCUUCCAUCAUUGAUAACCAUCUUCCUCUUAGUGGAGGCCAAUCCACGGGGUCAUGUGGGCUGGAGGGACUCCAGAAUGGGAGAUGGAGGAUGAUUUGACCAACACCCACACAGACCAUCGGUCUUUGCUAGAAAGCAGUGCAAUCUCUGGGACCUUAAGACAGAAACAUCACUUGGUGGAAACUCCUCCCCCUAGCCUUGUUUAGUCAUGCCCAGCUUCAGAAAUACACCAAGCAGAGGAAAUGUCAUCUGGGAUUUGGGCACAGAUUCCAGGGGUGGAGAAACCACUUCCCGGGCUUCCUUGAGUCUAGCCUCUCCCCAGGCCUCACACAUUCAUUCAACAAGUAUUUCCUGCCAUUCGCCCUGUACUGACUCCACGCUGGUAUCUCCUGCUUGAUGAAACUUGGGAAACCUUCCAAGCAGUGACUGACACACAGCACAAACUGAACUGCCACGGGUUUAUCAGGUUCCCACAGAAGCAGGGCUGCAAGCUGUCCCCAUGUCGACACCAAAUCCAGCCCCUCAGUGUCUCAGGCUUCCCAGGUGGCACUCAGUCUCCAUUCCUUCCCUGAUGUGGCCUUUGAGGGCUGUAGACAGGACCCAACUGCAACUGCUGUUCAUGAGGUCACAGAAUUGGGUGGGAGGAGUGGGGUCAGACAGGAACAAGCUCGGUGUGAAGCCUUCCUUAGAAAGGAGAAGGUAAGCGGGCGGUGGCGCACACCUUUAAUUCCAGCACUCGGGAGGCAGAGCCAGGCAGAUCUCUGUGAGUUCGAGGCCAGCCUGGUCUACAGAGUGAGUUCCAGGACAGGCACCAAAACUACACAGAGAAACCCUGUCUGGAAAAACCAAAAAAAAAAGGGGGGGGGAGGAGAAGAAGACAUGAAUAGUGAAGAGUGGCUGUCUGGUCUCUGGUCACUCUCCACACCACACCUGUGAUGCCAGCUUGAACCUAGCACCUCCUAGUUAGUGCUCCCAAGACAACCGGUGACUAUAGUCUGUCCCCAGGGUGGGUAGAUGCAAGUUAGUAUGUCUGAGCAAGACUUCUGGACAUGAUUCAAGUGCUGGCUUGGGUGGGUAGGGAGCCCUGUACGCAUCUCUAGGUUACCUCCUGCUUCUCUGAGGUAUGUGCUUUCUGACUGUUUUCUCUGCUUGUGUUUCUAGGCUGUGUUACUAGCAUUUUCAGGGCAUGUCUAUAAUAUCUAUUAGCACCUGAGUGGGUCCUGUGACUGCCCCCCCAUUUGAUUAUGUGUAUAACAAGAAUUGUGUCCACAAAGAAACAUACAAAGAAUGUAUUACCUGUUUCCUCCAAUCCAACAUAGCAUUGAAGGGACCCUGUUCCCUCCCGUGAUAGAAACCCUCCAGGGUAGCAGGUUUGCUCUUGUUCCCUCAGGUGUUCCAUGGCCCAGACACGUGAUACUUACUCUUUCUGGGCCCCUCCCACUCCAUCAGGCAGGGUUAAGGAAGUGAGGUUAGUUACUAGCUCCUAGGCCUCUUGGCCUAUGGGAAUGCUGAAGGAGAGGAGGUCAUUUCUUGCUACCAGUGUGCACAAGAAUAUUUGUGACCUGGGAACCCAGAGCCCCGGAGCCCACAGAGUUCAUCACCCAGGCACAUCUUACAUGUCUUCUGAGUACUGAGAGUUUAGCAGGAUAUGGGCUUCCCUUCAAGUGCUCAUGGAUGUGGGACUAGACUGGAUUGGCAACUGCCUGGAGGCUCCUCAGUAGCCAGGGUCAUUUCCGGUAAGGCCAGCUGUGGACUUGUGCCAGGGCCUCCAAGGGCUGUAGUUUGGGAACAUAUGUGGUCAAACAUUUCAGACACUGAGACGGGAAGUACUUUGUUUGCUGUCCCAGAAUCUAGCUCGUUAAAGGAAAACAAGAUACCUUGAGCUCGCUGUUAAUUCAGCUGUCUGAUGCUCUGUGCUGCUUUAUCAUUUGAGAGCAAUAAAAAGAUCUGUGCCACUAAUAACCUCGCUGGCCUGCGUCAUCUGCCUUUUCAGCCCUCCUGACCACAGCUUUGUUGAUCAGGGUUUCUCUGUGUAGCCUUGGCUAUCCUGGAACUCACUAUGUAGACCAGGCUGGCUUUGAACUUGCAGAGAUCUGCCUGCCUCUGCCUCCCAAGUGCUGGGAUUAAAGGCGUAUACCACCACCGCUGCCGGGCACAAAAGACAUUGGGUCUCCUGGGUUUGGAGUUACAGAUGGUUGCAAGUAGCCAUGUGGGUACUGGGAAUCAAACCCAAGUUCUCUGCAAGAACAGCCAGUGCUCUUAACUAUUAAGCCAUCUCUCCAGGCUUUGACCCCGGCUUUUAGCUGUCUAUCUUUUCUCAUCCCCAUCCUCCCCCUCAGAGUCCCAGCAUGAACCAGGAAGGGAUGCUGGUCCUGUUCACACAGACAUCCCUGCUGCAAGUAGUCUCAGGGCAUCGUCCCUCUAUCCCUUCUAUGACAUUGUUUCCUUCUCCCUUACCUCUGAGACUACUGAAAGUGUCUGAAGACCGGCUUCCCAUUUGAGGAAUGCACCCUCUGUGAGCCUCAGAUGGGUCAGC